CCUAACGAACACACCAUGACACCUAAACUGGGCGACGCUCCCCCAACGAAUGUACCAUGGCGAGCUGUCAUUUGUUUUCAAUCUUUCGCGUGUUCGAUCCUGUUUGUGUGGAUUGUGUUUGGCCCGAGGUUUGGCCGCUGUUUAAUCGAAAAAGUGUUAGUGAAAUCGCGUGUGCUCGUGAAAAAGGCAACAUCCGGCGUUUGUCCAACACGGUCUUGGACAAAUUUGCCGGGUGACCGAACCGGAACGGCUCUGGGAUGGCGGAACUUUUUCAUAUUUGGGGACUUCUUCUACCAGGCCCGGCGCCUGCUGCGGACACUUCCGGCCGGAUUUGUUCAGGAUGGUCGUUUCGUCUGGAGGCGAAAAUCGUUAGGUAAGUUGUGUGUUGAUGCUCAACGGUGAACGUCCAAACAACGGUCAAGGAAAAGGUCACGAAAAGAAUUUUGUUGAGUGGUACGCAACUGAAAAAUAACAGAAACAGAAAGUAGCGUUUGACGUUUAUUGGCACGGUGCCUG